AUGUCCAACAGGCACUCCAAACUCGGUUGCUGGGUGGUAAUGGCCUCAGUUUUGGUAUGUGGUGCAUCUUUAUCGCAGUGUAUAUCAUCUGACCGCCCGAAGUUCCUAGAGUUCACUCCGGAACAGCUGCAGUUGCGGGAUGCUGUGCGCAAGUUCACGACGGAGGAGAUCAUCCCCGUUGCCCACGACUACGACAGAACAAUGGAGUAUCCAUGGGACGUCAUCAAGAAAGCCCAUGCUUGCGGAUUUGUGAACACCGACAUUCCAGAGGAAUACGGAGGACUUGGUAUGGAUAUGGUAUCAAGUGUUGUUAUCAGCGAGGAAAUUGCAUACGGUUGUUCGGGCAUUGGAACUGCAAUAAUGGGCAACGACCUUGCCGAAACCCCAAUAAUCCUAUGUGGAAGUGAUGACGUUAAGAAGCGAUUUCUCCCUCGUAUGGUGGAAGAGCCUCUCAUGGCGGCGUAUGCCGUAACGGAAUCAAUUGCGGGUUCCGAUCUUGCUGGGACGAAGACAAAAUGUGAAAAGAAGGGCGACGAAUACAUACUAAAUGGCUCGAAAAUGUGGAUAACGAAUGGUGGACAUGCCAAUUGGUUCUUUGUCUUGGCACGUUCUGAUCAAGAUCCGAAAGCACCAGCAGGGAAGGCGUUUACUGCAUUUGCAGUGGAAGGAGACACUCCUGGGAUAAUCCGUGGGAAAAAGGAAAUAAAUCUUGGCCAACGCUGUUCAGAUACCCGUGGUAUCAUAUUUGAAGAUGUUUGUGUGCCAGCAGCCAACGUGGUUGGUGUUCCAGGUGAAGGGUUCAAGCAUCAAGCCAUCCAAUUUAUUCUCGCAGACAUGGCUGCAAAUGUUGAGCUGGCACGGCUGAUGACGUACAGAAGUGCUUAUGAAGUGCAGGAGAAGCGGCCUGGAUCAUAUUAUUCUUCAAUUGCCAAGUUAUUCGCUAGCGACUCAGCUAAUCAAGCAGCUACGAACGCUGUACAGAUUUUUGGAGGCGCUGGAUUUAACACAGAAUACCCAGUUGAAAAAUUAAUGAGAGAUGCGAAGAUUUUCCAAAUAUAUGAGGGAACAAGUCAGGUAAAGUAUUCAACGUAUCGUCAUAGCACGCCAGCUUCUAUCUCGCAUCAAAACCAGCGGCGGAUACUAAUAUUUUUUUGGUUCUUCACCCUAGAUUUUGUUGUUUUUGCGAAGAUGUCUACCAUUGUUUUGGUAUUUCAUUUUCAUAUAGAUAUAUGUGCUGGUCAAUUUAUUUGCCACACGAAAGUAUCCGAGGUUUUUCUACUUUUUAAAAUCUCCUUUCAAGACCUAAACGCCACACAAAAGGAGAUCCAAGGUAUUGCAUUAAAAUUUGCCAAAGAAGAAAUUCUUCCUGUGGCUGCUAAAUACGAUGAAAGUGGAGAUUUUCCUUGGGAUAUCGUCAAGAAAGCGCAUUCUCUGGGCCUUAUGAAUCCUCAGAUUCCUGAGCGAUAUGGUGGACCUGGAAUGUCAUCAUUGGAGACAGCCCUUAUUGUGGAAGCAUUGUCGUAUGGAUGUACGGGUAUACAACUGGCAAUCAUGGGACCAUCUUUAGGGUUAGCUCCAGUUUACAUCGCCGGAAAUGAAGAGCAAAAGAAGAAGUAUCUUGGGUGGUUGGCAUCGGAACCAAUUUUGGCUUCCUAUUGUGUAACAGAACCUGGUGCCGGGUCUGAUGUGAGUAGCAUCAAAACAAAAGCUGAGAAAAAAGGCGACGAAUAUGUAAUCAAUGGCCAAAAAGCAUGGAUCACCGGUGGAGGGUACGCUAAAUGGUUCUUCACUCUGGCUCGUUCUGAUCCUGAUCCGAAAGCACCUGCAGGGAAAGCAUUCACAGCAUUUAUUAUCGAUGGUGAUACCCCAGGAAUUGUAAGGGGUAAGAAGGUGGCCAUGAGUGCUUUUGAUAUGACUCGACCAGGUGUGGCUGCCGGAGCCGUUGGCUUGUCUUGGAGAGCCCUCGAUGAGGCUGCGAAGUAUGCUGUGGAAAGGAAAACGUUCGGUACAGAAAUAGCCAAUCAUCAAGCAGUGCAGUUCAUGCUUGCUGAUAUGGCUGUGAAUCUCGAGCUCUCUCGUCUAGCUACCUAUAGGGCUGCUUAUGACGUCGAUCGUCAGAUCCGCUCGUCCUACUUUGCCUCGAUUGCUAAGUGUUUCGCUGCCGAUACAGCUAAUCAAGCGGCAACUAACGCUGUUCAAAUCUUCGGUGGGAAUGGAUUCAAUUCUGAAUAUCCAGUCGAGAAGCUGAUGCGAGACGCUAAGAUUUAUCAGAUUUAUGAAGGGACAAGCCAAAUCCAGCGUAUCAUCAUUACUCGUAUGCUUCUUGGAUAUUACCAACAAAACCAAACGACACGUGGUAUUUAA